AUGAAAUGGUUUGUAGUCUUCCUUCUGGCCUUUGCCACGGCCUCAGCAGGUAUCCUGCCCAAGUUAACGCCUGUCCAUCCCAAGGACAUGAAGCACAGUGGCUCUAUCGUGGGUCGCAUCACCAAUGGCCAAGAAGCCACAGAGGGCCAGUUUCCGUAUCAGGUGGGAAUGAGCUUCAGCAGCAACACCGGCAGUUGGUGGUGUGGGGGCUCCCUUAUUGGUAUUGAAUGGGUUCUGACAGCUGCCCAUUGCACCAGUGGAGCCUCGGCAGCGAUCGUAUACCUGGGCGUAACUGUCCGCACCAAGCCGGCACAGAAAUUAACCGUCUCCAGCAGAAACUUCUACCAGCACGCCAGCUACAGUUCCUUGCUCCUGCGCAACGACAUCUCUCUGAUCAAGAUCCCCGCUGUGACUGUCUCCAACAUCAUUAACACUAUUGCUCUGCCCGAAGUUUCCAACAGCUAUUCCACCUAUGAAGGAGAAAAAGCCAUUGUCUCUGGACACGGUCGGGAGUCGGACAGUUCCAGCUCUAAAGCCAAGAAAUUGAAGUGGGCUUUGCUUGAUAUUGUUUCUAAUACCGUCUGCUCCGAUGUUUUUGGAACGGCUGUUGUUACAAAUAAUAUUCUCUGCACAAAAACGGAGGGAGCCGUUUCCGCAUGCAAUGGCGACUCUGGUGGACCUUUGGUCCUCAACGGCGUCCAAGUCGGAAUUGUAUCGUUCGGAGCUAGUUCCGGAUGUGAGUUGGGAUACCCGAAUGCCUUUACUCGUGUAACUUCCUAUAGAUCCUGGAUUCUUAGUAUAGUUGGUGCGUAGCUUGAAGUUGUUUUC